UCCGUAACCUUCUCGGCCUGAUGUCUUUUUCAUACCAAGUCUAAACGUCUCUAAUCAAUACUUAAUAUGGUUUUAAGCUGAUGAUGCGUUUUUUCUCGAUUUGAAGACAGUUUUUUUUUUGGGGGGGGGGGACUGUUUGGAGUUUGUAUAAUGAAGGAAUUCAGGAGGAUCCAGCUAGGAUCGGACGAGAAGUGCAGAAUAAAAAAGUUUGGGAGGACUGCGAGAAAACUUUGAAGCGCCCCGCAGCUUUUUCUUCACCAUGCCGCGUUUGGAAACUUAUUUGGAAUCUGAUGAAGAAAAAACUUCCUCUUUUGCGCUGAUUGGGGAUAAGGAUCAUUGAAGAAGUGCUAUGGAAUAGAAAGUCAUCUUAUUUUUGCACGGUUGAAUCUUUCUCCCAAGAUGUCUUCCCCGAGUUGGAGCCCCAUUGUUGGAUUUUACUGGAUGCUUUGCGUCUGGGCUGCCUGGCUCUCCGGCUGUGAGGCAGUGUUGUCUCCAAAUGGGACCAUAUUUGAGGACAACUGCAAGAAAACGACAACUUGUGAGGCACUUAAAUACAACACAUGUUUGGGGUCGCCUUUACCUUAUACGCACACAUCUCUGAUCCUGGCGGAGGACUCCAGCACCCAAGAAGAGGCUUUUGAGAAGUUGACCAUGUGGUCUGGUUUGCGGAACGCUCCUCGCUGCUGGUCGGUCAUCCAGCCUCUCCUCUGUGCCGUCUACAUGCCAAAAUGUGAAAACGGUCGAGUCGAGCUGCCCAGCCAGACUCUGUGUCUGUCUACACGUCGGCCAUGCAGCAUCGUGGACCAGGAAAGAGGCUGGCCCAACUUCCUCACAUGUGACAAAUUCCCCCAGGGCUGCCCGAAUGAGGUGCAGAAGCUGAAGUUCAACAUGUCGGGGCAGUGCGAAGCCCCCCUGGUGAAGACGGACAUUCAGUCGAGUUGGUACAAGGACGUGGAGGGCUGCGGCAUCCAGUGUGACAACCCUCUGUUCACCGUGGACGAGCACAAUGACAUGCACGCUUACAUCGCUUACUUUGGAACCAUCACGCUCCUCUGCACCUUCUUCACCCUGGCCACGUUUCUCGCUGACUGGAAGAACUCCAACCGAUAUCCAGCUGUCAUCCUCUUCUACAUCAACGCCUGUUUCUUCGUCGGCAGCAUCGGCUGGCUGGCUCAGUUCCUGGACGGAGCGCGCAAAGAGAUUGUGUGCAAGAGUGACAACACCAUGCGACUCGGGGAGCCGUCCUCAUCAGAAACGCUGUCAUGCGUCACCAUCUUCAUCAUCGUUUACUACUCCCUGAUGUCAGGCGUGAUUUGGUUCGUCAUGCUCACCUACGCCUGGCACACAUCCUUCAAAGCUCUGGGCACCACCCAACAGCCGCUGUCUGGUCGGACCUCCUACUUCCACAUGGUCACCUGGUCCAUUCCCUUCGUCCUCACCGUGGCCAUAUUGGCUAUCGCUGAGGUGGACGGAGACUCGGUUAGUGGGAUCUGUUUUGUGGGCUACAAAAACUACAGAUACCGUGCUGGGUUUGUGCUGGCACCCAUUGGAGUGGUGCUUGUUGUCGGUGGCUACUUCCUCAUUCGGGGGGUGAUGACACUGUUUUCCAUCAAGAGUAACCACCCAGGACUGUUGAGUGAGAAAGCGGCCAGCAAAAUCAAUGAGACAAUGCUUAGACUCGGGAUAUUUGGAUUCCUCGCUUUCGGCUUUGUUUUAAUCACCUUCGGCUGCCACUUCUACGACUUCUUCAACCAGGCUGAAUGGGAGAGGAGCUUCAGAGAAUACGUGCUGUGUGAAGCAAAUGUGACAAUCGCCUCUCAGACCAACAAGCCAAUCCCAGAAUGCAACAUUAAGAACCGGCCCAGUCUAAUGGUGGAGAAAAUCAACCUGUUCUCCAUGUUUGGGACGGGGAUUGCUAUGAGCACGUGGGUCUGGACCAAAGCCACCAUCCUCAUCUGGAAACGCACCUGGUGCAAGAUUAUUGGCCGUAGUGACAAUGAACCCAAGAGGAUCAAGAAGAGCAAGAUGAUUGCCAAGGCGUUUGCGAUGAGGAAGGAGCUCCACAAGGACCCGGAGAAGGAGCUGUCAUUCAGUAUGCACACCGUGUCUCAUGACGGGCCAGUGGCUGGAAUCAAUUUUGAGAUAAAUGAGCCGUCCAACGACAUGUCAUCAGCUUGGGCACAGCAUGUGACUAAGAUCGUGGCCAGACGAGGUGCUAUCCUGCCUCAGGACAUCUCUGUUACUCCUACUGGUACUCCAGUGCCACCCCCAGAGGAGAGGAACAGGCUAUGGAUGGUGGAGGCUGAGAUUUCACCAGAAAUGAUGAAGAGGAAAAAGAAGAAGAAGAAGAGAAAGAAGGAGGUCCGUCCGGUGGAGGACGUAGUGGACCACCAGCCUUAUCGCCAGCGUGAGUUUGGCCGCAGCUCAGUGCCCCGCCUGCCCAAGCUACCCUGCCAUCCCAGCCUGGUCGCCAAUCUGCGGGAACAUCAGAGGCAACAACAAAAGCUGGAGGAAGAAGUCCUGCCAGGGUCUUACCCAGACUUUCAACCCUCACAUCCUCUGUCCUGUGAGGAGAGGUGUCCCUACCCGCCCUACCAGAGUAGUCGGAGCCGCUAUGACCGCAGCUUGCACUCCAACCAACUGACCUUCAACGACCGCCCGGAGGAUCUGGGCCUUGGCCCACGCUGCCCUCCCCCAGCCUACACAUGCCAGCCCAGCGUAUCCUCCCGUUAUCCCAGGGAGGUGAAUCUCACUGACGGGUUGUCAGAGAGGUUGGCCCACGUGGCUCGUGUACCAGCGGGCCGGAGGGCCGGCUACGGACCCAUCCACUCCCGGACUAAUCUAAUGGAGGCAGAACUCAUGGAUGCUGACUCUGACUUCUAAGAGCAGAGCUUCAUUGUAUUCUGGCGGUUGCUUUGUGGUACACAGACAGUAAGCUAGAAAAAAGUGCUGGAUACUUUCAGAUUCUUACUAAAGUGUGCCUAAUUCCCAGUUCCUGGAGGUGAAGAUUGAACUAAGCUAGUCAGUGUUUUAAUUUUUUCUUUUUCUUUGGAUUUUCGUUUUUUCAGAAAAAGGGAAGGGAUAAAGAGAAAAAAUAUGUUGUGAAUAAGUUAAUGAAAAUGUAUGAAAAGUAUUUUUAUACGUUAUUUGUGUCCAAUACAAUUUCAAUGGCAACUCCAUGAUGACAAGACAAAUGAGGCAGCUAAACUGUACAUGGCUUGAAACAAUAUAUAUAAUAUCUUUAUUCUGAUUCCUAUCAGCCCAGCCCUGCUUGUGACAGGAUUAGUCGUGUUGGUGUCAGACAAGUCAAGUUGUCAGUCAAAUAUAUAUUGUCAUUAUCGCCAGUUGGCCCAGUAGUCUAUUCAUUUGGGGGAUUACCAGAAAGGACACUACAUUCUGAGGUUUAGGUACUAUAAUGUUGCUGUUUUUUUAAGUCAGUUGAAUCUUUGUUUGAACACUUGUGUCAUAAUUAUUUGAGCUGUCCCAGUGCAGUAAAACAUGACUCCACACUCGUGAACCACACAGGUUAAAAAAACAAAAAAAAACGCUACGGGCAAUAUGCAAAAAAAACUGUUUGUCCCAGGUCUUGUUUUGUAUUAUAUUUUAAUGUCUUUAAGACUCCAUUGCUGUCUUCCCACCACUAUUUAGCCAAUAAUUACUUGUAUUUAUGUAUUAACCAUUAUCUCUGUCGCUCUGUUAAUACUAAUGUUACAACAGGUGUC